ACCAAACUCUGAUCUACCCACCCAUCUUUUGAUAAUAGCAACAAUCAAUCUCCUUUGAAGCGGCGGAAAAUGUCUCUGGUGACGGAUGAGAUAAGGCGCAGCGCCACAGAGUUCUACGAGGGAAACGAACUCUGCCAGGAGAAGUCGAAGGUGCUGCUGAGAGAAGUGGGGCUGCCCGCCGGGCUGCUGCCCAUGGAGGACAUGGAGGAGUGCGGCUACGUCAAGGACACCGGGUUCGUGUGGCUCAAGUCCAAGAAGAAGACGGAGCACAAGUUCCAGGAGAUCGGGAAGCUGGUGCAGUACGGGUGCGAGGUGACGGCCCAUGUGGAGCAGAACAAGAUCAAGAAGCUCACGGGGGUCAAGGCCAAGGAGAUGCUGCUGUGGGUCACCAUCAGCGAGAUCUCCGUGGACGACCCGCCCACCGGGAAGAUCUACUUCAAGAGUUCUCUCGGCGUCGGUAAGACCUUCCCGGUUUCCGCUUUCGAGAUCCCGGAGGAGGAGAAGAAGGAGGAGAAGAAGACAACGGAAGUCAAGGAGGUGUAAUGAAGGGUAGUUAUUUGAAGGCCAGGGUAGUUACGUCCAUCUUUUGAAGGGUAGUUCGAUAUCAUUAUCCCAGAAAAUCGGAAAAUGCAUCAUCAAGCUCGGAUCUGUACGCGCGUCCUAGCUAGUUCUCCCUGUUCUGUUUUAUCAAGUCAUUAUAGAGUCAUAAGUUCUUUGCUGUUUCUGUUCAUCAUAAAAUAUAUUCUCAUCAUACCAACUUACAAAAUAUUCUCCAUCCCCUUUAACUCUAUGUAUUAAAGUUACUUUUCAAGAUGUCCUUAAUAAUACUUUCUAUAUUUCUAUUGUCCUCGUCCCUAAAUUAACA